UUAUUUUGCUUACAGAAUGAAAGCAGGUUUCUCUGGAUUGAGGACUAAAGAACUCACUCUAGUUACCAUUCUUCUCAUGUGCACGACCGUUUUCGUAUGGACAUGGAAGAGAACCCCGCUUUUUAGCACACUCCCUGGCCUAGGCCAAUUGGAACUAAAUCAAGAUACUGUGGUGAGUCCUCUUUCAGUUGGUUUGGAUGAAGAUGAAGUGGCGAUUGCAUUUAAAAGAAUUGGAAAAGAACAAACAGAAAAGGAAGAAACUAGAACAGGGGGGAUAGAAAAUGAAGGAAACAGGAAAGAUGAAACAGAAAAGGGAGAAACAAGAAAAGAAGAAACUGAAAAUGAAGAGACUCGAAAAGGAGGACCAGAAAAUGAAGAGACUGGAAAAAAAGGAUCAAAAAAUAGGGAGGCUCGAAAAGAAGGAACAAAGAAUGAAGAGGCUGGAAACCAAGAUACUGAAAAAGCAGCAGCUCCAAGAGGUUCUGUACAAAAAUCUUUGCGAAGCAGCAACAUUACAGCCUGCAAUUAUGCUAAAGGAAAAUGGGUUUUAGACCAUAACCAGUCUUUAUAUUCUGGUUUCGGCUGUAAGCAAUGGCUCUCAUGGAUGUGGGCUUGCCGAUUGACGCGUCGUACAGAUUUUGCCUAUGAGAAGCUCCGGUGGCAACCAAAAGAUUGUGAACUGGAAAAUUUUGAAGGUUCCAAGUUCUUGAAAAGGAUGCAAAACAAAACUCUUGCUUUUGUCGGAGAUUCAUUGGGCAGGCAGCAGUUCCAAUCUUUAAUGUGCAUGAUCACUGGCGGUAAGGAGAGGGAUGAUAUCGUCGAUGUUGGUGAGGAGUACGGAAUUGCUCAAGCCCAUGGUAAUGCCCGCACUCAGGGGCUUGCUUUACGGUUUUCUAGCACCAAUACCACCAUAAUCUACUACUGGUCAGCAAGCCUCUGCUACAUAGAGCCUAUGAACAAGACAAAUCAAGACACAGAUUAUGCGAUGCACCUUGAUCGACCUGAUGCAUUCUUAAGCCAAAAUAUCCACAAAAUUAAUGUCUUGGUUCUGAACACCGCACACCAUUGGAAUCGCGGAAAACUUAAAGCGAACCGUUGGAUAAUGCAUGUCGGUGGUGCACUAAACACGGACAAGAAUUUACAAGAAAUUUGGAAGGCUAGAAACCUGACAGUUCACACUGUCAUCAAUUGGGCGAACUCACAGUUUCCAAAGUAUCCAGACUUGAAAGUCUUUUACCGUAGCAUCUCACCUAGGCAUUUUGUUGGUGGCGAGUGGAACACAGGGGGUAGUUGUGACAAUACCACUCCGAUGUCAAUAGGCAAGGAAGUUGUAGAAGACGAGUCUAGUGAUCCUGUCGCCGCUUCCGCAGUCAAGGGAACAAGGGUAAAGCUCUUGGACAUAACGGGUCUCUCCAAGCUUAGGGACGAGGCUCAUAUAUCCCGAUUUCGAGGACCACCCAACUCCACGGCAUCGGAUUGUCUGCAUUGGUGUCUACCAGGUGUUCCAGAUAUGUGGAACGAAAUUCUUUUUGCACAAUUAUAGCCUCUUCUAGUUCAUUCUUUGCGAAAAUUUCACAAAAUGCUUGAACGGGUAAAAUGGUAGUAUUGACGGUGUCUGAGGGCGAGGGCCUAUAUCAUGAUGGAAGUGCUAAAGACGGUAAGUCAACAAAGCAUAGAGCCCAAAUUUGAUUUGUAAAGGAAAUGGCAAUCAUACGGUUUUAUAGGUAUUUCGUUAUUUGGAGUACUCAUAGUGUUGGGGUUGGUAGUUAUAGUUUGUUGUAACAGUGGUUGCUAAGAAUAUUUAGCUCUGCGUUUUGCUUAUUUUGCGCUUCCUUGAUUGAGCAUUGUUGGAGAAAUUAGAAAGCGCUAGUGUAGAUGUGUGAAUAGGCCAUUCUUGAACUC